AGUAGCAGAUUUGUUCAUUACGUCGUUAAUAUUUUGCAUCUGAAAUAAAAAGGGGAAAUGAUAAUAUUAAUAAAAAUCGAAAUAAUAGUUUAAAUUCACCAACAUGUAGGUAAGUAUAUUUAUGUAUUAUAUAAACAUUUCCUUUAGUUUAAACUAUUUAUAUGUUAUAGCACAAACAGGUCAAUAGCUUUAGUUUCCUUUGUAUUGUUAGCUCAAUCUAUUAUACUAAAUUUCGCUAUUUCAUCCUGUCUUGUGUCUAUUCUUCCCAUCUUUCGAAACCAAACUUCUUUAUAUCUAUUUCUACCUUUUUCUUUAUUGAUCUUCCUUUUUUCUUUUUACAUUUUCCUCCGUUAUCAAUAUCUUUUUCGGUAUUCUGUAAUUAUUCAUUCAGGAGACUUGUCCCAGCAAUCCAACUCAUUACAACCUUAAUACCUGGUAGGUAAUUGUUGGUUUCUGUAUUUGUUCUUCUCCAGAUCCCUUCAACAGAUUAUAGCCCUCCAAAAAUUAACGAUUUCCUCCCCCAAACUUUCGGCUUUUCGAUCAUUUACAUAGUUCGCAGCAGUUUUUAUGACUACUAGUGUCUUGCUACCCGUUCCAAUACUUUUUCCCACCACUUUAAUUGUAAGAUGGGUUUUAGUAUAUUAAAAUAUGCAACAUUUAUAUAUUGGGUAUAUGGGUAUCUUAUUUUUAUUUUUUUUUUUUUUAAUUGAAUCACAAGGUUUGGUUUCACUCAAACUAUAAAAACAUCGAGCGCUACUAUCAUAUUUUAAAACUGCUGCAAUAAGCAAAAGACGCUGCAACGACGUGUCUUGGAAUUAUAUUUCUAUGUUUUAUAGUUUCUGAGAUACGGUAAGCAACUGAGCAGUUUGGUAUUAAGAAAUUUAUUGUCUAUAUAGUAAUAAUAAAAAAAUGGCGACAAAAUACAGAAAACAAUCUUGAAGGUGGCUAAGUAUUAAUACGAGGAUGGUCCCAGAAGUACUUGGCCUGAUCUAAAUAUGGUGGUAACUACUUGAAAAAUACUAGAAAGAACACAAUCUUUGACAACAUCAACUGCACGUUUGAUUUAAUCCUCGAAAAGGUCUCUAGGUGAAUGGACUCAACUGAGUUUCAAAAAUCAAGUGGAGCUCGUGAUCGUAAAGGUCUCUGGAGUGAUGGACAUUGUUUCUUGGAUUAUGCCGAAUUUAAGAAGUUCAAAACAGAGAAGGAGAGCUCAGUUGUCUGUCUUCUUAUAGUAUUUUCAAGAAAUUGUAUUCACACAAGCUGCAGGAUAUGAUUUACAUAAUUGUGGUGAAAAAAAUAUAUUUUUAACGUUCAUAGUUUUCGAGAAAACGGGUUUUUUGCAUUUUUCUCGAAACAUGCUUUUGUGGCUUAAUUGCUUUCGUUUUUAUAAUCUAAAUAAAUCACCUACAACAAUGUUAUUACUUUCAAAACACCCUGUAUAACUAAUUAAGUCUCUGUCACGCGAUAUUAAAUUCAUUUCAUUUGAAUUUCAAAAAAUUCUUAUUAUAUAUAAUAUUGUUUUACAAGUGCAAAUAUCAAGCAUAUUUUCUUGAAUGUUUUUAAUAAAUUCUUAGAAUUGUUAUUUUGACGUAACCGUAUCAUUCAACUAAUUUCGAGUGAAUUAAUAUAUGAAAGAUUUAAUUUUAGAUUCAUUAUAGUGGAAUAUUUGGUUUUGUAAAUACAAAAACGUGUUUUCGUUGAUAAAUAUAUACAAGUUGAAAAUUUCCUAGUUUCCUAAAUUGAGGUGGAAAAACCCUGUAUACUUCGCAUCAAUAGAUUAGAUGCAACAGUGGGAACGUGUUUUGGUUAUUUUAGAAAAGUACCUCGCAAACAAGCGAGCUCGACACUACCACUAAACACAAAUCAGGGAGUUCAAAAUUUUUAGUCUCACUUUAGAUUCUGUAGGGGCGGUCAUCUUUAGUAAAUUGUGUAUAAUUCUCAAGAUAUUAAGGUGUCACAAAACAUGUUGUUUCAAUACAUCUUCUUAUCCACAUUCGUGCUUGGUAUACUUGGACAAAUAGUAUUCCCAGAAUUGCCCAGACAAACUAUAGACAGUGAUCAAACUGAGGAUAGAGUCCCCUUGUAUGCUCCAAAUCGAUGUCCAGAAAAUCAGCUUUAUUAUCCUGGGAAUCAAGCCCAUGACUGGAUAUGCGAUUGUGGACCUACUUACAUUUACUAUCCACCAAAAGAUUUUUGUUACCCAGCGUAUCGUCAAGGGCCAUGCAAUAAUGGUGAACACCUAAUUAUACCCAAAAGAGAAAUAAUACCUAGGUGUGUCCCGAACCCUUGUAAGGAGGGCUUUGCCAGAUAUGGAGGAAAAUGCUAUGAAAUGGGUCAACCAAACGGACCCUGUCGACCAAUCCAAGAAGGGGGAGGAAUAUUUGAUGUUAAUGCAACAACUCUGGUGGUGGAAUGCUUAAAAGGCACAGAUCGACUUUCUUUAUUCGACUUACCCAAGAUAUGUGGUCCUGGGAGCAAGAGAGAUAAAGAAGGAAGAUGUAAAUAAGCUUAUACUACUUGUGCUACAAGUAUUAUUACACAGAACGAUUUUAAGUAUUGAGGAUAUUUUUAAAAAUGAGUGAAAUUAUAUUUUAGUAAAACUAAUUUUAAUGAACAUUUGCUUAAAUUGCAAAUAAUGAAAUUUGUUAGUAUGAGGAUAGUCUCAGAAGUACCCGGCCCAACAGAGAAAACACAAAAAUUGUGGAAAAAAAUUUAUUGUCGACCAAUGUUUACAAAUUCACUGAAAACGUUUAUUUAUUGAUGGCUGCCAAACAAAUACUAAAAAAUGUGGCGACUUCAAAUUUGAAACAUAUGCUGUAGGUAUACAUUGUGUUCUUUCUAAUACAGUUCAUAGUUAAUUGUGGGAGGUCAAAGGGUCGUUGGGCACAUAGACCUUCAGAUAUGCCCUUCGUAUCUCACUUGCCAAUGUCCUUUGAGAAGCCGAUCAGGCGCUUUAACUUGAACUCUUGAAUGACGUGGUCUGGUUAAAAGUUCGCCCACUAGUCGGAGGUCCAUCUUUAUGUGACUUCGCUCUUCUCAUGUUAGGUGUCUCUAUCCAUCUCUGCCGAACACGCUUUGCGAGUACACCGUCGAGAGAUGCGACAGCAACGCUCUUAGUCACACCAGGGAUGUAUUCUGGUCCCUUCGAUAAAUUCGCCGAUCCCAGUUUGGCGAGUGAGUCCGUCUCGUCAUUGUCUCUGUUGCUCAAGUGUCAGGGCUUUCUAAUACAAUGGUAAUUUUCAAGCAACUACCACCAUCUCUAGGUGAGACCAGAUUCUUCUGGGACCAUCCUCGUAUAAUACCAAUUAAAAAUUACCAAAAUAUUUCAAAAUUAUUAGAUUGACUUUUGAUGAUAAAUUAUAAAAAAAGCAUUCCUUUCGUUUAAUAUUAAUGACUAAUUGUAAAUAAAUUAUAUUUAUUGCCAUUAAAUAGAAUUAAUAAAACAUUUCUUUUCU